CAAGGAGCGUCGUUUGAAUUUUCGGUCACAUUGGUUCAGGGAGAGGUUUAGUCUUUGGUGCAUUGUUGACAAAAAGCUCUUCGCAUAAGACUUGUAUCGGCUGGCAACAGUCUGGCUUUAUUGAUGCUGUUUUGUGAACUAGUAUUGGAGGAUGCCUCGUUACGAUCCUGACAGUACUUCUGCAAGCCGGCGCAAGGGUGCAGUACCCAAGCGUCGGCCUCCAGCCUCCACCGCGACUGCUUCAACAUCAAAGGCAAAGGCACCACGGCUGAGCAGACCAUCGGCUUCUGCCGUUCCACCUCCCCCCCCGCAAAAAAAGACAAGGUUUCGCCCUGGCACCCUGGCUCUGAUGGAAAUUCGCAAGUACCAGAAGAGCACUAACUUGCUUUUGCGCAAGGGACCGUUUGCACGCCUGGUUCGGGAGGUGUGCCAUACUUAUACCAGGGACUUCAUGAGAUGGCAGGUGAACGCUCUUCUGGCCUUACAGGAGGCUGCAGAGGCUUUCCUUGUUUUACUGUUUUCCGACGCCUACCUGUGUACAAUCCACGCCAAGCGUGUAACGCUGUUCCCCCGUGACAUUCAGCUUGCCCGGCGAAUUCGAGGAGUGGAUGACCUCUGAGAAUGAGCAGUUUGGCUUGGGAUGGGGUCUGUUGUAGCCUCUCUUCUUCUUGUCACUCAAGCUCAGCCAAGGUGACCAUGGACCAUGGGGUGUUGAGGACCUAACAAUGCUAUGUUUUGAUGCAAAGCAUUAGUGGACCUAAUUUUCCCCAAACACACAUGCAUUAUGUUCAUGCCAGUUAUAACCUCAGUAUAUUCUAUAACAAAAUGCUAACUCAGGCAAAGACUAUUGACCAAUGUUUUGCAUUUAGAAACACUUAUUUGUUUGUACAUUGUGAAGGGAAAACACUGUUGGGUAUACUGCUUUAGUUCAUCUGUGUUUUGGACCUCAAGGUACCUAAGCCAAGUUAUAAUCUGUAAAAUAUUCGAUUUUCUGUAAAUAAUUUAGAUAAAUUGUUUUCAUGUUUGAUGUAAAUAAAUGUUUUUAUUCGGUACAAAAACAAUUCGAAAUGGCUCAC